AUGUCUCCAGGCCGUAUCGAUCUGGGCAAACGGCCCCGUGUGGUAUGCUUGGGGCAGCCCAAGUUUGUUGGUGACGACUACCUGGCCGAGUUCCAAGAAGACUUCGACUUCUCUGUCCUCGAGGCAUAUAACCACAAGGAGACCAAGGAAAAGCUUCCUUUGGACAUCAAAAAGAAUGGGCCCAUCGACGCUUUCAUUAUUCGGAUGGGCACGCCGCCUUACGAGCCCUUUGACGAGGAGAUGUUCAGCAUGAUGGCACCCAGCUGCAAGAUUGUCGCCUCAUCGAGUGCGGGAUACAAUGAAUUUCCUGCAGAGUGGCUGGCUAGCAAAGGCGUCUACCUCUGCAAUACCAUUGAUGCUGUUGCUGAGGCUACCGCUGAUAUGGCCCUUUUCCUGACCUUGGCGGUCUUGCGAAAUACCACCAACGCCGAAAAUAGUGCGCGCAAUGGCACGUGGAGAGCUGCCAGCGGCCUGGUGCCAGCUCGGGACCCUUCUGGGCUCACAAUGGGCAUCGUUGGCCUGGGAAGUAUCGGCAAGGUGAAUCGAAUCGUCCCUGGAAUCUCACGCGUCUGGCUAACUUCUGUGCGUCUCCAGUAUCUGGCCAAGAAAGCAGCAGUCUUCAAUAUCAACAUCCGGUACUACAAUCGCAACCGGCUGCCAAGAGAAGAAGAAGCCAAGUACAACGCUACCUACUGCAGCUCACUACAUGAGCUGCUCUCCUCAAGCGACAUUGUAUCGCUCAAUUGUCCACUAAACGCCAACACGACCAACUUGAUUGGACCCAAGGAGUUUGCCGCGAUGAAGGACGGCACAUUCCUUAUAAACACAGCUCGCGGGUCCGUUGUUGACGAAGCAGCUCUGAAGCAGGCACUAGAGUCUGGAAAAGUUACACGGGCUGGUCUCGACGUCUUCUGCGAUGAGCCAAACGUAGAUAAAUGGUUCCUGGAGAGUGACAAGGUUGUGAUCCAGCCGCACCUGGGUGGCCUGACGGAUAUGGCCUUCCAGAGAGGCGAGCGGGAAUGCUUUGAGAACAUCAAGGCCUACUUUUCGACUGGUGUACCCAACUCGGCCGUUCUACCCUUGAAGAACUAA